GGCCAAUUGCUUCACGCCUCUUAGAUGCAGGGUGUGAUGCCAAUAUGCGAGAUCUUGGGGGCAAAACAGCAUUACAUUAUGCUUCAAAUAAUGACUGCAUCUUCAAUAUUCUUCUUCUCCUCGAGAAAGACGUCGAUAUACACGUUCAAGAUAACAAAGGACAGACAGCUCUUCACAUUGCUGUAGAACAUCAAAGGGAAAAGUGUGUUGAAUUGCUUUUAGAGGAAGGCAUAGAUCCCAUGAUUCAAGAUAAUGACGGAAUGACUGUGCUUCAUAAGGCGGUUACUAUGUUGAACACCAGCAAGAAUAAUAGCAUUGUUAAACUACUGCUUGCAAAUGGCGACUCUCAAGGUGUACAAGGACAAAAUGAGAACACAAAUAAAGGCAAUUACUCAAGAACGGUUGAUAAUAAAGGGAGGACAGCCCUCCACUGUGCUGCAAUUCGUGUGAAUAACGAUUAUGUAGGAAUGCUCCUAAAUAGAGGCGUGGACCCAAAUAUACAAGACCAACAAGGCAUGACAACACUUGCAUUUGUUACAGAACGUUCAUCAGUCCAGAGCAUUAAGUUACUCUUCGAUAAAGGGGCAGAUCCUAACUUACGUGACUGUGAGGGCCGUACAUUGUGGUUCUAUGCACGGUCAAAAGAUGUAUGGCAACUACUGAUGGAACAAGGAGUUGAUCCAACUGUAACAGAUGGACAAGGGAGGACAAUACUUCACUAUGCAGCACGUUUAUGUGGUGCAGACGCGAUUAAACUGGCGUUACAAAAAGAUAUUGAUCACACGUUGAAAGACGAUACAGGUAGAACAGCCCUUCACUAUGCUGCUGAGACAGGAUCUGAAGAGACAGUUCAACUUCUCUUGGAGAAAGGUGUUGAUCCAAGCAUCAAAGACAAAACAGGGAAGGUGGCUCUCCAUUAUGCUGCAAACAGCGAUUUUCGUGGUAGUGUUAAACUGCUGUUAGAAAAAUGUGAUAACAUAGCUGUAAAAGACAACAAUGGCAGAACGGUUCUUCACUAUGCUGCAGUGGGAAUCGCGGGGGAUGUUUUGAAACUGUUGAUCGAUGAAGGGACCAACACCAGUGUAGAGGACCAAAGUGGCAGGACAGCCCUUCACUAUGCUGCAAUGUCCGGAACAGCUGACAGUGUUAAGGCUCUUUUACUGACAGGUGUUGACCCAAAUGCUCAAGAUGAAGCAGGGCAGGUGGCACUCCAUCAUGCUGUAAGGAGAUACUCCAGUGGUAGCGUAAAAUUGCUGUUAGAUAAGGAUGUUAACCUGACUGUAAAAGACAACACUGGCAGGACAGCUCUUCACUGUGCUGCACAGGAAGGGAUAUUUGACAGUGUUAUGUUGCUCUUAGAGAAAGGCUUCGACCCAAACGAAUGUGAUAGUCAGGGAAAGGUGGCACUUCAUUAUGCUGCAGAGUCAUAUAAUAUGGAUAUUUUGAAACUUUUAAUCGAUAAAGUGCCCAAUCCCAGUGUAGAGGACGAUAGUGGCAGGACAGCCAUUCACUAUGCUGCAAUGAAAGGGUUCGCUGAAAAUGUUCUGCAUAUUUUACUGAAAGGUAUUGACCCAAACAAACAAGAUGAGCAGGGGAAAACAGCCCUUCACUACGCAGCAGGGCUAGGAUCUCACUUCAUGCGCAGAGCAACUGUCGAUAUACUCUUACACCAUGGCAGUGAAGUCAAUAUCAGAGACAGGAGGGGCAUGACAGCCCUCCAUCAUGCUGCAGAGGCUGGCAAACAGGAUAUCAUGGCACUGCUUAUCGAUAAUGGUGGCACUAUUGGUAUGCAAGAUCAACAAGGAAUGACCGCCCUCCAUUAUGCAGCAGAACGAGAUAAUAUCCAGUGUUUCAGGUUUCUCGUGCAGCAAGGCAUUGACACUAGCAUACAAGAUAAUGAGGGUACGAAUGCUUUUCUUUAAGCUGGAAAUGAACUGAAAGAAAUAUUACUUAAAUUGUUUACCAAAUUUAAACAAGACAUUUCCAGCACGCCACAGUGAUAAAUGAAAAUCCAUCUGUGACAAGAAGCAAGUACUAUCACAUCAAUCACUCAAAGUGUUAAAAUCUUCCCCGGAAAGACACGAACCCCAGUAUUCAGGGUCACAACAGACAUAGCUCUUGUCUGUGCUGUAGAUGAGGAUUGGGGCAGACAGACAGACGGACACAUGCAGACGGAAACAUUACCAUCCAAAACGAGUUCCUGUCUGAUGAACUAUUUUAGCGUUACAUAUAAAUCCUAGUCAUAAGCUACAGAUACAUAAUUUGAUGCAAGUAAUUGUUUGUUAUUAAUAUAUGACAACGAUCUAGGUGUAAAAUGUUUCAAACUGUAUGUUUCAAACAUGUAUAUAUGUAUGUAUGCAUGUACUUAUUUACUUAUUUAUUCAUUUAUGGAAGUUGUUGUUCUAUCUUAAGAUAACUAGGGUGUAUCUGCUUAAAGGGCCCAACUGAUUAUUUAUGAAGAAAUUCCACUGUCUAAAUGUAUAUGAUUGUAAAGCAUAAAUGAGCACUUUUGAGUGAA